AUGUCAUCAGAUGAUCCCCCAUCCGAAGUCAAUGAGAAUUAUCCAGACUUUGAUUACAACUGCUUACAACCUCCACCGGAGGAAUGGGAACUCUAUGAUAUCCCAGACAAGACUCACCUGAGAAAUAGGGCACUCGAUCUCAGAACAUUCAAAAAGCUAGUGAAGCAUCACACGUGGGGGAUCUACGUUGUCAUUGGAGAGCGACGGACGAAAGAGAGGCUGUUGCAGGUGUUGAAGAGGAUUAUAUUCAACCAGUCACCUAAUCUUCGGCCGACGUGGCAUGAAUUCAUAUCCCGGAACUGUGACGCCGGACCCCGGCUACUGCGCAGAAGUUAUAAUGCUUUACAAAUCAGCAGAAACUAUCCAAAUGGAAUCCCAGGGGAGUCAAUAUACCUUCAACCAUCGGCCACACAUCAUCAACCGCAGUUGAUGAUUCCACACGGUCUCCAACCUGGAGCGUUCACGCAUGGGCCCAUUGGGCUACUGAGACAGCCAGGUUAUCCUGCUUUUUCUCAUGGUGGCCCCAAUAUCCCGCAGCCAAGGCAAAUGGAGUUUCAUUCUGGUCCCAUACCCGACCAGAACCGGAUGUUUGAACAUGGUCACUCAAGAAUACUGCUAAGGCCAAACAGCGACAUCCAACAGUCCUCAGUGCAUAAUUUGCUACCUCAUAAUCCGAACACUAGUCCUCCCUACCGGCCCGUGUCAAGUAUCGCGCAAUCGACGCCAAGCCGAAACCAAACCGCAUCCUCUGCGUCUGCUCGAUCAGUGACGGAACAAAGGUCCAAGCAAUUGCCAUCCAGAUCAAGCGAAGUAUUUGAGGCCGUGGAAAGGACCAUCAUGAGCUUCCCGUACAGGAAGCUUCAUCGCCAUCGAGAUGCACCUCCCAGUACCGAGCCAGUGCGAAAUCUCGUCGCAACCUCCAACGUCCAUCUUGCACUGAAUACCUCUAGGACAGAGUCUACGAUAUCUCAUAUUCAGGCGAUAAUUACGGGGAAAAUACCUAUUUUCAGCUUUGACCCGGAUGGUGUUCGAUACCCUUAUCAUGGGCGUGGUCCAGUGUCGAGACAUGAUACAAGUGCUGUAGAUUGCGCAAUCGUGGUCGGCAAACUAUUAGAUGCUGGUACGACCAUUGCCGACCGUGGAGAUGAGGUGGAUUGGGCUUAUCGCCUCACAGCUCUGGAAAACGCCUUUAUUGAUGCGUCGAAUGUUAACUGGGAUAUUCUUUCUGAAGCCGAGAGCGCCAACCAGCGCGACCAGUUUCAAGAGGUAGUUGCCAAUUGCUUUAGCGAUAAAGGUCUUUCAAUGAUCCCGUCGAAUGUGUGGGCUGCGUGCACGGAAUCUUUCAGCCAGUUUCACGUUCGAUAUAACGAGCACCUCUAUCCAUGCCCUUGUCAACGGGUUGCUCCAACAAGUAGUGCGGAUCAAACAGUGAAUUUGAUAGCUCCAGACUUUCAGGAGGGUGACAUGGCGGGAGUCGGUGUCGCUGAGUUAUUUUACCGGUUCUUUCAAUGCCCUCAACGGUUCAACUGCACAAAAUGCGGAUCCAGCGACACGAACUACGUGGAAAAGCGAUUCAGCCAACUGCCCUGGCGUCUAGCUGUUCGGCCCGAUCAACGAACAGUACUGCAGUCCCAUAGUUUGCAGAAUAUUACUUUUGAAUAUACAAGCCAUGACGGCUCCCAGCAUCAAGCAACCUAUCGCUGGCUGGGAGGGAUAUAUUGCGUUCUUAUUGGCCAGGAAUACCACUUUCGCGUUUACUGGAACGACAACGGGCGAGGUGAAGCGGACGAUGGGGCUCUCCGGUUUUACGAUGGGACUCAACUUUCCGGUGCCAUCAUCGGGGGCUUACAUGCCACAGGCUCUGAACGGAUACCGCCUACUUGGUGGGUAGGAGGCGCUCCACCGGUGCUUUUUUACGAGAAGGUGGUGAACCCUGAGCAAGAUGUGUUGAGUGCUGCUCAUCGAGCCGUGCAAAUUAUGCAAGAAUGUGCUAAUAGCGGUCGACUUAUUCUUCAGUAUCACCGGGGAUGGGCGCCGUAUCCCCAAGACCCAAAUGCCAAAGGCCAGACGAUAGAUCGACGGAGAGCAUCAAUCGCACAAUCCUUCAACCAAUUCCCAUCAAGCAAUGAACCCAGGCGACCGCAGCAUUAUUCUGGGGUACCAGAGGCCCGGGUCCAGUCCCUGAAUCAGUCGGCAGUCCGACUCCAAUCGCGCACUGCAGAAAUAACACAACAACCGCUAGUUCAACGACGGAGGUCGAAAUACAGCCAGCAGGGUAUUCCAGCGAGUCACCAACGGCAGCCAAGCAGGAGCGGGAACAAAUCGGACUUCGUGGCUGCGCCGCCCAACCAUGGAUAUGAAAGCCGAGAAGAUGCUCAAGCCAGACAAAAUCUACAGCAAGCUAGUCUUGAAGGGGGUUCUGGGGUGCGAGCAUCAACAGGCUGGCAUGCACACUGCUCGGACACCUGCUCUAAUGUCCCGGAGCUCCCGCCAGUGACAGGCUCUGCAUGUGUGCCGUUUACGGAUAGAGAAAUCCUUUCCGAUUCUAUAUUUUCUACUUCGUGGAACACGGGCCCUUCCGCGUCAACGAUGACGACGAGUUCUGAUAGCAUAAGAGACGCAAAUACCAAUUUAUUACCGCAUAGGAGUCGAGGUUCAGGGUCUUGGGCGACCGUUCUCGAAGAAUGCUUGACAGUAGAGAAGCCAGGUGUGUCCCAUUCGUAUCUUGAUCACCUCUGUGCCGCCGGAACCACAGCUGGAACUGAAGUAGACCACAAUUCGAAUCCUCAAUUACCUAUUGGACUAGCAAAUCUGCCUAUCUCAAUUCGCCGACCAGGAACUGCCACCGAGAUUGAUGAUGCCGGGGCCUGGGCAUUCGACUUUGAUGCUGCGAGCGCUGAGCUGCCAAACCUGACUCUGCCAGCGACCGCACCAAACAUCGGCACAGCUGCAAUGACUCCGACUUUAAACGCCUUUGGAAACAUCCUGCAGGGGUACGGGGAGCAUCCGGAUCAUCUGCAAGAGCCCAGAGUUUCCCAGGCGACUGGUCAGGCACAGGCCCGACCAGACGCAUUCGCGAGCGAGCCGGGCGUUCCCAGCAUCCCUGCUAUCGACAGCGAUCCCGAUGGUGAUACUGGCGAGAAGCGAAAGAGGCAGCAGAGCACAGAGGAUGGCCAUGGGCUUUCGAAGAGGUCGAAGCAAUGCUUCGUCUGA